GGACAUCUCUGGAAGAUGAAUAUAUCUUGAAAUGCAUAAAGGAAUAAAAGAGACGUGGAUUACAAGGCCACUUCAGUCCAAUAAGCAGUGUCUGAAGAUGCCCUGUUUUAUGAGCAAACGAGUACUUUUGAGUGGCAGUAGAUAUACAUCAGUUAAACUGGACUCUGUUCUUCCCCUCAGUCCGCCAUUGCCUCGGCGAGGAUGGUAGGGCAGGCCCGUGGUGACAGCCCACAGUGGUACGCAGUUUGUGAAGUGCGUGUCCCGCUCCCGCGGGCCUGCUGAGUGACACGAAGGAGCAGCUGUUAAUGACACCCAGAGCUGUCCCCCACCCCGUGUCCCAAGCGGCGGCCAGGGCCUGCUGUCCCUGGGGCUGGCGGCUGGCCGCACCUUGCCUGGGCGCCUCCUCCGUGCCUGGGCAGCCGGCACCCUCGGAGCGCAGCCCCGCCGAGCCGGCCCCGCCCGCCGGGCAGCCUGGCAACCCCGGCGGCAACAGCCCGGCCCAACCGCCCCGGCGCGGCGGCCAUGAGGGCGGCGGGCCGGCAGGUGUCCGCGGCGGCGGCCGGGGAGCCCAGCAGCGACGUCCGCGGCGAGCAGCCCCGGCAGAAAUGUGUAUAUGUUGAGCCACCUAGGAGAGUUAAAGAAAUAUUGGAGGAGCACUUUCAUUUUCAGGAAGAAGAAUGCAAUGUUAAACAUCCAGCUGCAGUGGCUCUGGAAGGAGUUUGGAAUGUGAAGAACAAUUUCUCCAUUAGAAGCCUGAAACCAGAGUCACAGAGCAGCAACAAUUUACUUUUACAGCCUCAAUUCUACUCAAGACAUGCAAGAACGAAAAAUUGCUGAAUGUCAGUGCUGUGAAGCCCUGAGCCUGCUUUGAUGAGUCAAAUCAAAUAUCAGCAUAACUAGCUACCUUUGGAAAUGUGGAUGUUUAUUUAUAGGAUUUUUAAUAAAGUUCUACUUGAAUAUGGA